CCCGGUGGGCGUUGUGUGAUGGGCGGCGCGGGGGUCCUAAGGGAGCAUCACGGCUCGGUGCUGCCGGCGGCGCGUGCGAGAAACGCCCGCUUUGGGUUAGAAGGAGCAGAUCUCAGUCUGAGAGCAAAGUGGGAAUAAGGCAGAGCUCUUUGUGACAAGCACAAGGAAGCUUCUGCUGGCUGCUCUGGGCUCUGACGAGUGUAUAAUUCCCAGAGGAAGGCCUGGCUUGCAGAAGCCUGCCUUAUUUCCUUUGUGUUGCAGAGCUCUGGUGGCUGUUAAAUGCCCCAUAGCGACACAAGGAGAUUGGUGUGGUGGAGUAGGUGUGAUGCGUGACCAAUUAGUGGGUGGAACUACUAAUUGCUUCAAAUUGCCCAAGCCUGGCAAUGUCGUGUUAGCCACGUGUAGGUGCAGCUCUUCCAGCUCAGCGAGGAUGGACUUUGACUGUCAGCUUGGAGCAAGGGAAUAAGAAUCGCUAGCAAACUGAAAAGCACAAAGCUGCAAGAUGUCAGGCCGCAGUGGGAAGAAGAAAAUGUCCAAGCUGUCACGCUCCAGCAGGGCAGGUGUUAUUUUCCCUGUGGGGAGGAUGAUGCGCUACCUAAAGAAAGGAACAUACAAGUACCGGAUAGGUGUUGGAGCACCGGUUUACAUGGCAGCAGUCAUAGAGUAUCUAGCAGCUGAAAUUCUAGAACUGGCAGGAAAUGCAGCGAGAGACAACAAGAAAGGAAGAAUCGCCCCCAGACAUAUCCUCCUGGCAGUAGCAAAUGAUGAAGAGCUGAAUCAGUUGCUAAAAGGUGUGACUAUAGCAAGCGGAGGGGUCCUGCCCAGAAUUCAGCCAGAGCUUCUAGCCAAGAAACGGGGUGCCAAAGGCAAAUCUGAGACAAUCCUUUCCCCUGCUCCUGAGAAGAAGGGAAGGAAAUCCAUGGUGAGCAAAAAGAGUGGGAAGAAGGCAAAGUCUAACAAGGCCCGGACGCCUAAAAAGAAUAAACAGAAGGACAGUGAAAAGGAAGGAGCUUCAAAUUCAACAUCUGAAGAUGGACCUGGGGAUGGUUUCACCAUCUUGUCCUCCAAGAGCCUCGUGCCAGGACAAAAGCUUUCUCUGACACAGAGUGACAUCAGCCAUAUUGGCUCCAUGAAGGUAGAAGGCAUUGUUCACCCCACAACUGCUGAAAUAGACCUCAAGGAAGAAAUAGGCAAGGCUUUGGAAAAGGCAGGAGGGAAAGAGUUUUUAGAAACAGUGAAGGAGCUUCGCAAAUCUCAAGGACCUUUGGAAGUUGCUGAAGCUGCACUUACUCAGUCCAGCGGGCUAGCAGCAAAGUUUGUCAUCCACUGUCACAUCCCACAGUGGGGUUCAGACAAGUGCGAAGAGCAGCUUGAAGAGACCAUAAAGAACUGCUUAACAGCCGCAGAAGACAAGAAGUUGAAGUCUGUGGCUUUCCCCCCUUUUCCCAGUGGCAGAAACUGCUUCCCAAAACAGACAGCGGCCCAGGUGACUCUCAGAGCUAUUUCCACCCAUUUUGAUGGCACCAGCUCUUCCUCCCUGAAGAACAUUUACUUUCUGCUCUUUGACAGUGAAAGUAUUGGCAUCUACGUGCAAGAAAUGGCCAAGCUAGACACUAAGUAGCAACAGCAGCCAAAUGAAACUUUAUUUUUCAACAAACUUGAGUAGCAUUAAAAGCAUUAGAGGUGGGUUUUAUUUUUUCAGUGUGGUGAGGAGGGGGAGUGGUAGUAGUGUGAUGUGUUGUGACUUGAUGAAGAGCUGUGACUAGAGAUGAGAGGGGUUUAGUCUGAUUUCUUCAUGCUGUCAGCAUCUUCUAGCCCUUUGUGCCACCUUCAGCAAUUGAGUUACCAUCUCUUUUCAGGAGUUUUAGUGUCCCUUGUUACUUUAGUUUAGAAGUUUGUAAAGAGUAACUUCAUUUUAGAUUUGUAGUGACGAAGUUUUCAUGCACACACUUUAGAGAAAGCUCUUAAAAAUGUUCUGCUCCCCUUUCUCCUCCCUUGAGGGUGGAUGUUAAACUUUUUCUCCAGCCCACAGUGGAGGGGAAAGAGAUUAGAAGUGAUGCAUGAGGAGCUUCUGUUUUGCUUUUUACUCCCAAUAAUCUCUGUAAUUACUGAGAAUAUUUCAUGGUGAUUUUUUUUUGUUUGUUUUAUAAGAAAAAAAAGAAAAAGAUUUGUCAAGUGUGGUUAUUGUUAUGAACCUCAUUUUGCUCUGAAAAUCUCACCUUAAAGGGGGGGG